UCGCCACACCGGGACUUCAGCACGGAGGGUUGUCACGUUCCUCUUCUGAAUCCAUUUGGGCAAAAAGGCUUGUUGCAUUAUGAAGACUUUUAUCUUUUGUCUUCUUCUUGCUGCUGUUUAUGGGGAGAACCCCAGCAGCGAAGAUUUCUUCAGCAUUAUCGACCUUGACGGCGAUGGUGCUCUGCAGCAGGACGAAUUACAGGCUGAUUUCAACAAAAAGGACAUCAACGGCAAUGGAUACAUCAGUCUUUCAGAGCACAUAAGUAGUUAUGCUAGUUCGGUGCCACUGGUGCAUAACAUGGGGAUCUUUAUCUACAUGGACAAGCUGGACGGCAAUGAGGACGGCGUCGUCGAUCAAUCAGUUCCUCUUUCCGUUAUGAAGAUGAUGGACUCUAACGGUGACGGGGAAAUUUCACGCGAAGAGCACGAAAGAAAUGGACUAAAAAUUUGGGAUGGUGGUGCCAAAGAAAGCAAGUCCGUACUCAGUCCAUAAAGGAAGACAUACAUGCAAGAGUCUCCAUAUAAAAUGUAAAAUCUUUCUCAAAGAUAUUAGCGACCGACAAUAAUAAAGAAUAACAUUCUUAAUUACACACGACUGCUUUGUGGUGUUGAAAGAUCUGGAGAGGUAUCACCAAGUGAAAGCCUUAAGCCAGUUCAUGAUGGAAACGAUAGUCAAAUGGCUUAAAAGUAAAUGUUAAAUGUUUUAAAACAUCA